CUUGCAUUUGUUGACAUGGUUUGACACAUGUCACGUGAAGAGAAAGAAAGAAAAGAGAACCGCAACUUGACUUCAACACACGACUUGUGGUUUCCCUUUUGCAAGUUGUGGUUUUCAAAAGUACAGCCAGAAAAAUUCUGGCUAAGCCAUGACCCCACAAAAUUCUUCGCUUCUUGUGAAUAUCCAUAUCGUAUCAUCAUCCACCAAUGCCUAACCACCCCCCCCCAAACCGUGUUUUAUGUGAGACAUGGUAGUUUUGAGCAACAACAACACAGCACUCGCCAAGGAGGAGGAAGAAGAAGAAUAAGGAAUUUCUUGGACAUAUGAGGCCUUUAACGUUGUGGGGUUUGCAAAAGUUUGUUCCUUUGAUUGGUUCUGUUGGUGAAUUGUGGAAAAAAGAUUGAAUUUUGAGAAUUCGUAUGGAUUGUCUGAUUGUCGUGGUGGUGCGUGUUUUCAUCAUAUCAUACCCCAUGACUCUGUGUUUUGGUACUUUAAGCUCUUUGUCUGAGUAUGGAUUAGAGAAACAUAUGAGGGUGUUGCAUUUGGGUAUUCCAUGUUUUGCUUGUGUGAUUUUAAGGAUGAAUACAAUGAUGUGCUUCACAUUAUUUUUUAUUCUAGAUUAUGUAAAUAACACUUGUGGACUAGUGAUUUUUCCCCCUUGCUAUUGGAUUGGUUGUCUGGGCUUAAAGGCAAACGGGGAGUUGUUGGGGCUUUCUUAGAGGGUGCGUUGAAUUAAUGUUCCUUCUUUAAUUUAUGGCUCAACCUCGCAAUUUAAGACUGAAAAUAAUUGUAAGAUAUGUGAUAAGGUGUGGACUAACUGUUGAAGGCUACAGAUUUUCUAUGUAAUUAAUAUAGUUAUGUGUUUGCAUUGUAUUAUCUGAGGGAACUUAUCAAUAAUUUCUUUGUUUCUACAGGAGAGUGCCUCUAGUCCGAUGAUGCCGUAAAGUCUGAUUAAUAGGUUUUUUACUUUUCAUUGGAGGAAUCAGUUUAUUUAUAUAUUCUGGGCUGUUUGGUUUUGGGAGUACAGUUGAAACAUGAAUUAUCGAUGUUGAUGCAUGAAUACACUUAAAAGAUGGUGAUGAUGGAAGAUAGUAAUUGAAGAAGUGAUUCUUUUUGGGAAAUUUGGAAGAGCCCUGCCUGAAAAAUAAAAAUGGGGUUGCCACAGGUGGCUUCAGGCUGCACUGCCGAGGAAGUGGCAGCAUCACUAGGCACAUUUGUGCAAACUGCACCUAGAAUGGCCAGCAUAGGCAGCUAUGAGGUGAACUUGUUGGCUGGAGAAGACCUAGGUAAUUGCAUGCACAUUGAUGUGCUUAAAUCUGAAAAAAAAAAUGUUCUAGAGCUUUCAAAAGAAACACAUAUUUCAAGUAUGUGUAGUGAUAGUAAGUUGAAGAAUGACCCCAUGGAACAAAUUAGCAAGUUGUCUGUCAAUUCAGAGAAAACUAGGCAGACACCUGUUUCUAGGACUGUAGGUUUUCAAAUUAGAGCAUCAACUCCUCGUGUUAAUGGUUUCGGAGGAAAUGGAUAUUCAUCACCUGUGUUUAAUGUCAUCAGUGAUGCAACUGAGGCUUCUGAGUCACAACUUAGAAAGCAGUUAUUGUCACCUUUGAAUGGGAUGCUGCUUGCAGAUCAUUUUAAAGGUGAUCCACUAGACAUAGGUGCUGGUAUUUAUCAAAGUCGUUCAAAGGCUGGUGAUGAUAAUUCUAAUGCUUUACAUGAGUAUAAGAAGGAUCAUAUUGGAAACAACAAUCAGAUUCACUCAAUGAUCUGGUCUACAUCUUGUUUCCAGGAAUUUACAAAUUCAUUCUGUAAUGACUCUACUAUAAACCAUAUUGUAUCUAGUCAUCACCAACGUGCAGAGCCAUGGUCUUAUAAGCAUUUUAAAUCAUCUCCAGUACGUAAUGUUUCUGAAGAAACAACUAAAACAAGGUCCCAAACAGCUGCAUUGUCUAUACCACAAAAAAAUGUGUCAUCACCUCCCUUCCCUUUGUCUCCUCUGGGUAAAAAAUCUUCUAAAAAUGAAAAUUUGGGAGAAUGCAGAAAUAUUGAUGUUAUCUUGGAUGAUGGCAAUUUUACUUUUAAUAGUGUGGAACAGUCACUUGAUAGAACUUGUCAAGGCAUUUUAUCAGCUCAGGAGAUACCAGGUAAAUCACAGCUCAAUUUGAACAAUAUGCAGCAAAAGUCUGACCUGUUUACUCCUGACAACAUGAUUGAUAUGAAAGAAUACUGGACUCAUUCUGGUAGCUUUCCUCCUCGGGAUGCCAAGUUAUGUGGAACUAUGAGUAGACUGCCAAUUAGAAGGUCCUUGGUUGGUUCAUUUGAGGAAUCUUUGUUAUCUGGUCGCCUACUAUCUGGGAAAGUUAGUCAGAAAAUUGAAGGCUUUCUUGCAUUGCUGAAUGUAACUGGUGGCAAUUUCUCACCUCAAUCACAAAAAAUACCAUUUGCAGUAACCAGCGUGGAUGGAGACAAGUACUUACUUUAUUAUUCAUCAAUUAAUCUUUCAGGAAAGCUAUUAUCAGGCAAGUCUAGAGUUGCUAAAUUUCAGAGAACCCUUAGCAUGGAUGAAUCACGAUCUGAAAAGCCUCGUAUACGUAUACCUAUGAAAGGACGUAUUCAACUGGUUCUCAGCAAUCCAGAGAGGACACCUAUCCAUACCUUUUUUUGCAAUUAUGAUUUGAGUGACAUGCCAACUGGUACCAAGACAUUCUUGCGGCAAAAGGUCACUUUAACUGCGUCUAGAUCAAAGUCUAUGAUGGGUAAGGAAAGCCAAACAGAUUCUGACACCAGAGCUGAUGCCAAGUCUUCGUUGAUCUCAGUCACCAGUCACAGAGAUAAAGAUCUUCUCACCUCAAAAUGUGGAGAGUUUGAUAGUUUUACAUGUUCAAAAGCUGGCAUUUUGCUUUAUGCUCUUCACCUUCGCUUUAUGUGCCCCUUGCCUAAGAGACGUUCAAGGUCUGUUCAUAAGUGCAAAUCUGGCCCUGUCUCUGCUGAUAUGAGAAAUAUUGUGGACAUUGAACAAGAAAGAAGCUUCUACUUGUAUGAUGAUAUGAGGGUAGUGUUUCCUCAACGUCAUUCAGAUUCUGAUGAGGGCAAGUUACAUGUGGAAUAUCAUUUCCCUUCAAAUCCAAAAUACUUCGACAUCAGCUGCUGAAAUGCCGCUGUCUCUCAGUGAUUUUUGUAUAUAUAGUUGUAAAUGUUAUGUUCAUAUUUGAUUCAUAGCACUUGCUUUGACCCUUUACGAGUGUGCUUAUGCUCUCCUACUACUGUCCAUCAGAUGGCACAAAAGAGGCCUGAGGUGCCGUGGCCAAAACAGAAAUACCAUUAUGCUUAUACCGGAAGAGUGUGACAAAUGAGAAGAGCUAAUAUGGAAAAAGAGUAAAUAAUCACAUUAAUCUAUGAAUUCAAGGAAAUUAAAAAAAAAAUCCUUGAAAGGAUAAAUCGACAAUCACAUAAAUCCAAAAUUAAAAAAAUCG